UCAAGGACACCAAGACUAAGGCCUUGGGUGCCGGCGCGCCUCUGUUAAACUGCUCGGCGGAGUCGCGGCGCCACGCCGCGGACGGCCCUGCCGGAAGGCGGCGGAUCCCGCAGCGGCGCAAGAGCCUGUCCCAGCCCUCGUUUAUGCCUUUCCUACUGACGGUCGCGGCAUCAACCGCAUUAGGCUACGCCGUUGCCAGAGGUUUGAUCCGGUGCGGCGCGUGGCCACCGCGCGCCGUCGGAUGGGGGAUUAUUGCCUUCCUGACAGCGUACAACCUGCUGCCGUCCUACCUACCGUUCCUCUUCGCGCCACCCAAAGAACGACAGUAUGAUGAACCGAUGUCGCCGUCGCGGAAACUAAUGGCCUGCUGGGGUGGCUCUCUCGAGCGAGUGCCACCGCGGCCCAUUCCCGAACUACCUGAGUCAUUGGAUGAUAUCGAGGAGCCCUGGAUGGUCGAGGCCAAAUUACCAAGCAGGUGGUCCAAUUCGGAGAGACGCUUCCUGAAACGCUGUCGGGAGACGUAUUCUGCCGAAUUUGCAGCGGUGACUCCAUACGCUGAUGUUUAUGGUGAUCGACGACUACUGAGAGUACUAAGGAUGGAUCCGGACCGAGAUGAGGAUCUAGCUGUCAAGAAAGUAGGGGAGUACUUGGCGUGGCGGAGAGACACGAACGCGGAUGAUCUACGCGCGAAAGUACCAAGUGACGGUCCCGACCCGUCGAAGUGGCCCCACGGCGACGUCAUGUACCAAUGCCUUAGGCUGAUCCAGUGCUCGGAUAAGUACUUCGACCGCGAGGGCCACGCCGUUACUGUAUACCAGGCGUUCCACUGGCCGGCGCCGUACCUGAGGGCGCAUUUACGGCAGUUCUCGACGGCCGAAUUAGUAGCCUUCUCGCAGAUGGGCGCCGAGUAUAAUGGGAGCCAGAUGGAGCGCAUCUCGCGGGCGAGAGAAGCCGUCAUUCUUGCCUCAGUGAAGAAGAAGUUUGAAGAAAGAAAACGGUUAGGCCAGCCCGUGGACGACCCCCCUCUCUUGGAUGAGGGCUGGGGCGAGAUCACGCGGCUGUGCGCGAUCACGGACAUGAAAGGCUGCACCUUCGGCAGCGUGAUGAUGCCUACGCUCAUUCCCGCCGUGGUCCAGGCCGUGCAGAUGUUCCUGAACUACUAUCCUUUUAUUGUGGGCAAGCUGCACAUCGUGAACUGCCAGCCGACGAUCGCCGCGAUCUUCAGGAGGGCGCUGACGAGCGUGGUCCCGGCGCACGUCGCGCGCCAGAUCACGAUCCACGCGCUCGAGUCGCGCGAGAUUCUUAGGAGUGUGGCGGCGGACCACCUGCCGAAGCAGCUGGGCGGCGAGGCGGAGUGUCCCGAAUUGGAACCGCCGGCCCCGCCGCCCGAAGAUUAACAGUAUGUGA